AUGCAAACUUUUUAUCCUCCCUUGAGGAAACGAGCAGGCAUUGAUGACUCCGCAGGCCAGUCGCCAGCAAAUGGGCAUGAAGGGAGCAAUGUCCAGGAGGGACUCCCUCGAAGAGGUCAUUCGGGUCUGGUUAUCCAGGCUGCCGCGAAGGCGGCAGCCUCUGGCACAGCAGCGAGCUACUGCAACCCCGGCCUAUGGCUUGGCCAUCGCCACGCUCAAGCACAAGCACUGACGCCACAGAAAGCACCCACGGGGCCGACGGCGCCCAGGGCAUCAAGAAGCAGCUCUCACCCAAUCGGAGACAGCUUGGAUGUGACCUUCCAGGAGCGUCUUACGAGCUUCGGGGCGGAUCAGCUGCCGGAAUUGGUCGAACUGAUCGAAGCAAAGCAUUCACAGUUCAGCCCUGUCAGUUUGUGCACUGCCAUCCAUCGCCUGGCAGCUUUUCAGCAGGGCAGCAAGCAGUUCCAACGCUGCCAAGGCCUGUUGUCGACCUUGGAAUCUCAGCUUCGUGAGCGGCCGAGUCGGUUCAGAGCGCAAAGCAUCGCCAACGCUUGUUGGGCCGUGGCCAAGCUUCAUUGGACUGCCCAGUCAUUGAUGGAGGCAAUGAUUCAGAUCACAGAACAACGAGUGGACCAUUUCAAACCUCAAGAGCUGUCCUUGUUUUUGUGGGGCAUUGCCUCAUCUCGGACUGCCCCAAAAAAUGCUGAAGCCACAGCUGCAGCAGCAAUUACAUCGGAGUUCCUUCAGCGUGGAAGCGCCAAGUUUGAUGCUCAGAGCACUGCGACUCUGGCUUACUCGGCAGGCGUGCUGCUUGUCACAAAUGAAGCGUUUUGGUCCGCCAUGGAUGCAGGCUCGGCCGACCGAGUGUCAGAAUUCAGCGAUAGGCAGCUGGCAAACCUUGUCUGGGGCUUUGCCACCGUUGCCUACACGGACUGUACUGCCAUAUUCACUCGAGUUGCAAAGGAAGCCCCGAUUGCCAAGCUGGCACCGAUCGACUUGAGCUUAGUCGCUUGGUCCAUGGCCAAAGUUGCUCAAGGAGGGCAGGAAUUUUACGAUGCAGUCGCGGAUGCAGUUUGUUGCAAGCGCGAUGCAUGGAAGAUCAGUGACACGAGAAACAUUGCGACGCUUCUCUACUCCUUGGCACUUGCAGAACAGGCGGCCUCUCAUGAGGGCGCUUUCAGGAUCCUAGCAGAGGCAGCCUGCAAGCGUCCAGGAGAGUUCAGCCUGCAGGGCUUGACAAAUGCAGUGUGGGCCUUUGCCACGGCUUGCUACACAGAUGAACGCUGGUUUGCAGUGGUGGCCAGUGAGGUAUUGAAACGGGACCACUCUGAGUUUGAACUGCUGGAUGUAGCAAAUUGCCUGUGGGCUUAUGCCGCUGUCUUGCACAAAGAUCCUCAUAUCGUCUCAAGGUUGACAUCUCUCGGUAAGGUGAUGAUGACAGAGUUCUCUGCGCAGAAUCUGGCCAUCAGUGCUUGGGCCUUGGCAUCAUUGGAGGUGCGUGAUCAUCACUUUUUUGAACGAGCGGCUGACCCUUUCGUCGCACGCCUUUCAGAGUGCAAGUCCCAAGAACUGAACAACAUGCUCUGGGCCUAUGCCACAGUUGGUGUCAGACUGCCGUGGUUGUUCAUCAAGGUGUCAAACCAUGCAAAAGCUGUGGGAUUGGCAGAGUUUAAAAUGCACGAGCUCUCCAUAAUGAUGUGGGCACAUGGAACUGCCGGAGUUUGCAACCAUGAUUUCUUCGACGAUGUUGUGGAAGAAGUCUUGGGCAGCCGGGGAAUCAACAGCUGUGCCCCGCGGCAGGUUGCCAAUGCAGCCUGGGCGUACAGUACAAUCAUCGGUCGGUGCCACUGGCCCUGGAUGCAAGCUGUAGCUGAAUAUUCCAGCCAACAUAUCUGCGAAUUUGACAUGCAGGGCAUUGGAAACGUCCUUUGGUCUUUUACAAACGUGGCAACCUUCAGCGAAAGGCUUCUGGAGAGUGCAUGCCGAGAGACGGCCAGGAGGGCCCGGGAGGAUCCUUCCUCUGCCUCGCAGAACAUCGCACAGGUGCUGAGCGCGGCUCAAGCUGCCGGUCUCCUUCACGUCGAACUCUUUGAGGCGGCGAUUCAGGCUUUCCUUCGUGGCUUCGGCUCGGAGCCUUCGAGGGAUGCACAAGGCAUCGGUGCCAGAGAGCUGCUGAUUCUCGGCAACGCCGCCAAGCCUGCGUCAAGAGAAUUGGGAGGUCUGUGGACACGACUGAGCCAGUUCCUCGACUUGCAUAUCUUUCAUUCCUUGCGUCAGGCCGUACCCAGUGGCGAUGGUGGCUGGUCAAAGAUGGAGAGCCGGAUCUCCGAACUGGACUUGGAUCACCUGGGAGUGUGGUUCACGGCUCAGUUUCUGGAAGAUGUCCAUGCGGUGAGCUCGGCGGAAGUCUUCACCCCAAGCUGUUCUACAUCUGCCUGGGUCAAAGAGGCAGCAGCGGCUUGCGCUGUCGAGCGGGAAAGAGCCAUACGGGCAGGAAUGGCCGAAGCUGCGCCCCUGGAGCAGCAAAAGCUCGUUCGACAACUCGACAAGGUGAACAAGAGGGAGAUCGUUGCCUGGGUUCGGUAUACCACAAGAACAGGCAGGAAUGAGCCGGGCCGUGCUUUCAGCUGGCAACUCGAAGACUCCAAGAAGGCCAGCAGCUCCGCUUCGAUGGCUUCGGAACUUCUCAAGCCGAUGAUCACCCGCAGCCGAGUGGCUCCAAACAUGCUUGGAGAGCACGACCGCAGCGGCCAUGCGGAACGCUGUGCACUAAUGCAAGUGACGACCGACCUGCUCGGAGACACUGACUGUGAAGGAGCUUCGAGCAUUGAAGGCCAGAUAUUUUUGUACGUGACCCAUUUUCCCUGCAUCUCUUGUGUAUGUGUCAUCGCGCAGUUCUCUCGAUUGUUCCCACGACUCUCUUUCCAUCUAGCUUAUGCGGAUGGAAGAUCGAUUCAUGCCCAAUCUUUGGAAGCAAGGCCAAAA